AUGUGGUCGUCCGUCUUUCUCUCUCUCUUCUCAUGUGUCCUUUUCUCGAACUUCUUCCAAGCAAACAGCAAAGUGCCGAACUUGGGGAAAGACACAGCUCAGCUUCACACUACCGUGACCAAUAACUUAUCCAGAGCAAACAGCUCCGAGCUAUUGGUAGAUAUCAGUAGCAAGCACGUCAAAUGGCUUUCAUACAGCGAUGCUGAAAUGAUAUAUUAUGUUGAUGGCCUGGGUGUUUGUGGUCUUACGAAUGCGCCCAGUGACUUUGUUGUGGCCUUAGAUGCGGAUCUAUACGGCAAUGGACAAUAUUGUUUCUCUACUAUCACUAUCACUUACAACGACAUAUCUAACCAAGCACAUAUAGUUGACGAGGUAUGUGCACUGGCAAAUACUGAUCGUAGCUGGUGUUUCUCAGAUGUUUUCCAGUGUCCUUUUUGUCCGUAUUCUGGCCUCGCCCCUCAGUCAGGGGCUCUUCGAAAGCUUUGUUCCCCUUAG